UGGGCGCCGCCGUCACAUGACCUCCCUUUGAAGCCUGGGCGUGUCGUUUCGUCAGAGUGCGCCUGCGUCGUCUGUAGCCCCCAUCGUCAGGCUGACUGCGCAGGCGCAAGUGGGCGGAGCCGGCACCGGCUCAUUUUAGCGACUCGGAAGCGGCCCCUCCUUGUCAGUGGCGGCCGCCGGGAUUCGGGCCCCUCCUUCAUCGAAACUUCCCCCGUCCGUCUUUCUCGUCAGUCCAGCACCGGAAGCUAGUGACUGUCGAUAUCCGGCCGGAGCGAGAGCACAGCGGGGGAGCCGGCCUGCUUGUCCCGGGAGCCUUCUCAUGCGGUAACUGCCACCAAAAGCGGUGCUGUGAGGCUGGACUGAGUCACAGCAGUUACCUCGGGACUCGCUUUACGGACUGGCCGGGCUGAGACACCAGGGGAACUUUGGACUGGAGACCGCCUGACUUUCCAGGAGUGCCCCGACCCGACAGCCGGUGACCUCAUAGAGGAGAACCAGGAGCCGGCACCCAAACAGGACUGGGUGCCUCACCCAACACCCUCUGCAACCGAGAGCCUCACCCAGGGCACCCUGUAGGACAGCACCCCAUCCCGGGUCCACCCAUCAGCCCUUGUGACUGGGAACUUCACCUGGAGUUCACCCAACAACUUUGAGACUUACUCAUUGGGCCCCCUGCAACUUCGAGACUCACUCAUCCGACCCCUACAACUUGUAGUCUCACUCAUCGGGCCCCUACUACUUUAAGACUCUCAGUGAGCCCCCCACAACUUGAGCCACUUUGCAGGACCCAUAUAACAUCAGUACCUGGACACCUGACAUCCUCUAAGCUGUAUACAAGGGCAACCGUCUGACAGGGCACCUUAUUCAGAGGGCAUUUAGCAAUUUCUAGACAAGCUGUUUAACCCGGUGCAGUCUGUUGGCACCUGGUAUCAUGGACUUUUUGGCCUACAGAAUAUAAUAUCUUAAAAGGGACCUUUUUGUUUUUAUAAUUCUUAUUUCAAAAAGGAACUUGCUGGAGGACACUUGACAAUCCAAGGAUCUUGGAGACACCCAGUUCCUUAUUCCCAAGAAGCUGUAUUUAAUGCUCCACCAUGGGCAAGGUGCUUUCCAAGAUUUUCGGCAACAAGGAGAUGCGGAUUCUCAUGCUGGGACUGGACGCAGCCGGUAAAACCACCAUCCUGUACAAACUGAAGCUGGGCCAGUCUGUCACCACCAUCCCCACCGUGGGCUUCAAUGUGGAGACCGUAACUUAUAAGAACGUCAAAUUCAACGUGUGGGACGUUGGGGGCCAGGAUAAGAUCCGACCCCUUUGGAGGCAUUACUACACCGGGACACAAGGGCUCAUCUUCGUGGUGGACUGCGCUGAUCGGGACCGAAUCGACGAGGCCAGACAGGAACUUCACCGUAUUAUAAAUGACAGGGAAAUGAGGGACGCCAUCAUCCUAAUAUUUGCCAAUAAGCAAGACCUUCCGGAUGCCAUGAAACCUCACGAGAUUCAGGAGAAACUUGGCCUGACCCGGAUCAGGGAUAGGAAUUGGUAUGUGCAGCCGUCCUGCGCUACGAGCGGAGACGGUCUCUACGAAGGACUCACGUGGUUAACAUCCAACUAUAAAUCCUAAUGACUAGUA